AUGGCGGACAGCGCCAGCGAGAGCGACACGGACGGCGCGGGGGGUCACAGCAGCUCGGCCGCCAUGCAGUCGUCCUGCGCGGCGACCUCGGGCGGCAGCGGCGGCGGCGGGGGCAAGUCGGGGGGUAUUGUCAUCUCGCCGUUCCGCCUGGAGGAGCUCACCAACCGCCUGGCCUCGCUGCAGCAGGAGAACAAGGUGCUCAAGAUCGAGCUGGAGACCUACAAGCUCAAGUGCAAGGCGCUGCAGGAGGAGAACCGCGACCUGCGCAAAGCCAGCGUGACCAUCCAAGCCAGGGCAGAACAGGAAGAAGAAUUCAUCAGUAAUACUCUAUUCAAGAAAAUUCAGGCGUUGCAGAAGGAGAAAGAAACCCUUGCUGUAAAUUAUGAGAAGGAAGAAGAGUUCCUUACUAAUGAGCUGUCCAGAAAGUUGAUGCAGCUGCAGCAUGAGAAAGCCGAACUCGAACAACACCUUGAGCAGGAGCAGGAAUUCCAGGUCAACAAACUGAUGAAGAAAAUUAAAAAACUGGAGAAUGAUACGAUUUCUAAGCAGCUUACAUUAGAGCAAUUGCGACGAGAGAAGAUAGACCUUGAAAAUACUUUGGAACAAGAACAGGAAGCGCUAGUUAAUCGUCUCUGGAAAAGGAUGGAUAAACUUGAAGCUGAAAAGCGAAUUCUGCAGGAAAAAUUAGACCAGCCUGUCUCUGCUCCCCCAUCACCUAGAGACAUCUCCAUGGAGAUCGACUCUCCAGAAAACAUGAUGCGUCACAUCAGGUUUUUAAAGAAUGAGGUGGAGAGGCUGAAGAAACAACUGAGAGCCGCACAGUUACAACAUUCAGAGAAAAUGGCACAGUAUCUGGAGGAAGAACGUCACAUGCGGGAAGAGAACUUGAGGCUGCAGAGGAAGCUGCAGAGGGAGAUGGAGAGGAGAGAGGCCCUCUGCCGGCAGCUCUCCGAGAGUGAGUCCAGCCUGGAGAUGGAUGACGAAAGGUAUUUUAAUGAGAUGUCUGCACAAGGAUUAAGACCUCGCACUGUGUCUAGCCCAAUUCCUUAUACACCCUCUCCAAGUUCAAGCAGGCCUAUAUCACCUGGUCUAUCGUAUGCAAGUCACACUGUUGGUUUCACGCCACCAGCUUCGCUGACGAGAGCCGGAAUGUCUUACUACAACUCCCCAGGUCUCCAUGUGCAGCAUAUGGGAGCAUCCCAUGGAAUCACAAGGCCUUCACCACGGAGAAGCAACAGUCCUGACAAGUUCAAACGGCCCACGCCACCUCCAUCUCCCAACACACAGACCCCAGUCCAGCCCCCUCCGCCGCCGCCGCCGCCUCCCAUGCAGCCCGCAGUCCCCUCAGCAGCCACCUCGCAGCCCACCCCGUCGCAGCAUCCGGUGCACCCCUCCCAGCCUUAAUGCAUGUGCUUAGUCUGAAUCUCACGUGGGGACUCGUACAGUGGAGCCAUCUACUCAACGCCAAAGGCUUCCUUCCCUGGCAUAUUUGGAUCUGACUUAUUUGCACUGAGGUUAUCUAGGCUUCACUCUUAAUUGUGUUGUAAGUGUUUGUCGGAAACGCAGCCAGUGUUGUGGGUCUACAACACUAAACAGACGACUUUUCCCAUCAGUGUUUUACUUGAAUCUACAUGUUCAUCCUCCAUUCCCUGGCUGGAACAUUUGCUAUUCAAUAUUUGUAAUUCAGCAGCAGUGUGCAAUUUUUGCUUGGGCCCAGAGCUUCAUUUUCCUGGCUUUUAGGUUUGUAAAAUAAAAAGGGAAAUCUUUUGUAUAUUUUUUUCAUGAAUUUGCAGAAAAUUACUGAGCGGUUAUUAGUCACCCACCCACCUCUAUGGUGUCUACAAAUAUACCAGUAAUUCAGCACUACAAUUCAAACCUUUGAAAAUCUAACUUCCAGUGUCUAACGGAAAGUUAGAUGGAUCAGUGCCCAAGACAAUAUACUGUUUAAUAGAGCUUUCUACAGAUACACUUUUUAUAGGUUAUUUUCAGUAUAUCAACAUCCAUGUCUCUUGUAAAAUAGCCUGAAGUAACAGAUCACAUGGCUAUAUCUUUGCCACAUACAUGGGAUGAAUAAUUAUUGUAUAUGAAAGUGUGAUUCUUUAUCUGUAAUGUUAAUCUGCCCAAACUGGCCCCCUCUGACACCAGUUGAUCAAUGUUUUCCCACCCACCAGCGAUUGUGAAGGCUGAUUAGAAUGUGCUGUUUGUUUUCUGCAGCAGAAAGCAUUGGGAUUGUAACAAAACACAGCUGUUUCCCCUUUCCAUUCUUUGUGGUCCCUGAAAUAGAGUUUGAACAAAUAUUUUAAAAGUGCAAAAUACUAUUAGAAAGUACUAUUUGAAAUGAACAAUAUAGGAAUAUCUUGGCAUGAUAGCCAUAAGAUACUUUAUUGCUUGACAGAAAAGAGGUGUAGAGGAAAUAGCACAUUAGCAUUGGUCACAGCGUACUACAGGCAAAGCAAGUGCAGUGUACAAAGAAGUAUAUUCUGAAUACAUGAUUUCAUUCCUUUAGCACAAAUAAAUCAUUUGGUUUCACUUUGAAGUGGAACAUUGAGUCACUCUUAGUACUUGCAGUUUCUUCAUUUUUGCUUUUCAGCAGUUACUGUUUUGUACUUUGGUAGUAAAGUGAUUUUUACCACCUGUGUUUGCAUAUUUAUAUAUGCUGUGGACAAAAAUAACUUACUAGAGAAUGUAUAUUUUAUGAUGAGAAUGUGUAUCUGUUGGAUAUAAUCAGAGAACUGAAAAUUAAUUUAUCAGUAAUUUUUAAGUCCAUGUUUUGUGACAAACCAUCUCUAAUAGCUAGCUUUUAAUGAACACUCCUAAAAAUAAGGCACCAUUACAUUGUAGAUAUUUAAUAUUGUACAGUAUCAAAACCUCCAUUUUUGCCUUCAAAUGCAUAUUUAAGAGUUACAGAAAGAAAAAAAAAAGUCUUAUUGGAUAAUAGUGUUUGACUAGCAUUUUAAGAACUUGAGUAAAAGCACCAAUAGGAUUUUUCACCUCUUACUGCUUCUACCCCCAAACUGAGAACAUCACUCCUCAAAUGUUUGGAAGGAAUUGUACGUCUAUAUAAUUUUAUUUAUAAUGUCUGUAUAAUAUGCAUAAUCAUAGUAGAGUUCUCAAGUAUAUGGGGAAGAAGUUUGGCAUUUAAUUAUUGAGGCUUUAGGUUUUUAAUCUGAUCAGGUGGGAUCAUAUCAAACCUGGGGAUUUUGCUCACAGCUCCUCUUCCUCCUGGUACAUUGCCAUUCCGAGGAAAUAUAAGAGUAGUAGGCAAACAGUUUGCCUUCAUGGUACAGUUCUCGGUUUUUUUUAUAGGAGAAAUAUGGUAUAUGUUUACAAAAGUCUUUUUUUUUUAAAAAAUAUUAUAGAAUUCAAUGCUUUGGAUAGUGUCUUGUUUGCAAAUGAGAAAGUUCAUAAUAUAAUCUUCCCUCUGCUUCCUGUCAAUUUAGUUACCUCCUGAAAGCACAAAAUUCAAAACAUUGCCAUAUGAGACAGCACUUGGAAUGAGCAAACAGUUCCAGAUAAAUGCCUUUUCGAGACAGGUUCUUGACAUUCAGAGUUGUACAGAAACGUAGCACUGGUUCCCCAAGACUAGGCAUUUCAUUUCAAAAUAAACCCGUUUCUUCAAACAGCACUUUGCGACAUGUAUCUAACUUCCUCUUCCAGAAUAUUCAUGAUUGAUAGACCGAACACUACUUAAACUGUUUUGUGUCCUUUUCAAGUGUUUCUGACCCCAUGUGGAACCUGUCACUCUUGGGCAGUAUUUAUGAGGGCUUUUGUUUAGCCACUAGGAACCCAUAAGAUUCAGACUCCAAAUUCAUAGAGGCCAGAACUUCUCUACCUGGGGGAAGUUGGCUCCCUUUUCAUGAGGGCUGAACAUGGUGACUUUCAUUCCUGUUGCCCAUUUGCCCAAGAUAACCAUGGACUGACUUCCCAGAAGGCCUUUGUAAAAUCAGUAGCCAUCCCAGAGGCAGGUGGGAGCAACAAUAGCUCUCUUUCCUGUCUUGCUGACAGAGACCCUUGGCUACCACCAUGCUGCUAAUAGGAUACGUAUUCUGUUGCCAGAUCACCAUGCCUUUCAUAGAAAACCAAAUUGACUUACCUAAUACCUGACACCUCUCUGGGCUCUGAACUGCUUUUUCUCAUUAAGCAUGCUGGCAUUCUAGACAGAAUUCUCAACAUUUGGCAGAUUACAUUCAAUCUUUUUAAGGAUUGAAUGUAAUCUGCACCUCCAUCGAUGGAAAGGAAUUUUGAAUUCUGAGCUCCUCCUAUGCUGACCAGCAACCAUGGUAUGAAUGUGUGACCAGAAUGUGACUUUGUCACCAAGUGCUGCUGUCCCUUUGUAAUUGACUUCAACUGAUUCAACCAGAAAUAAUGGAUAAUGUUUUUGUUAACUGUUCACUCCUAGGAAAAUAGAAUAUGUAUAUCGCUCUUUGUUAGGUAGACACGAAAUUUGCUUGUGCGAAGCCUUGCUUAUAGAGGAUGCCCAGUAAGGAAAAAGCAUAGUAAUUUGUACUUUGAGAGCUCAAUAUUUUUCUUAUCAAUACAGAAGAAUUAUUUCUCUGUAACUUGAACUUCUGUCUAGUACUUGUCUUUUAGGUAACCAACACUGAAAACUUAGUAGUGAAGACUACCAAAGAAAUACAUAGUAAAACAACCUUUUAUUUCCAAAUUAUUGAAAGAGCCAGCAAUUGACGCUGCUACAUGAGUUCCAUGCUCAAGAGCCAUUAUAAGAGAUUAAGGGUUUUUUAGGUUUUGAAGUGUAUUUUUUUUUCUUGUUCUUUGUUUAAAUUUUUUUUUUUUUAAUUAUACACACACAGCUGUUAGCUUAAAAUUAUGGGGAGCAUCGUCCAGAAUGCUCUUGCCGUUACGGUUAACUGCUAAGCCCUGGUUGCCUCUUCCCUGGUAGGCAAUUGGAAGAAUCCUAUGUUCUUAAGAGCCGUGGGUGCUGUGUGUGUGCACGUGUGCGUGUGUGCAUUCAUGCCUUAACUCUGGUUACUGCUCAACUUUAGUUCUUAGUCUGCACUGUCAUCUAGAUUGUGCUGUACAUCUCGAUCUGAACUUCAUCCUGGCAAAAACAAAGUUGCAGGUACAACACUUUAAGAAUGCAUUCCUCCAGAAGAGGAUUUGAUCAGGUUGACCCUGAGCGGCCUUUGAACUCUGCUUGGACAUUCGGACGGAAAGCAAAAGUGGACUGUCAGAUGGAAAGACAUCAACAGAAGAAGAGGAGAGCCACAUGCUAGCAUGUCUUGCCCCUGCAUACUGCACACUGUGUGUUUGUUCAUGGUAGUCUGUCUACAGCUUGACUAGGUUGGAGUUCUGGUAAUAGUGGCAAUCUUGACAUUCUUGGUCAGAGUUUAGAGAGAUGUAAGAUUUCCAAUUAAUGUCUUAUUUACUUUAUGUUGAUUAGUCUUUGAUACAUGUGCUGAAUCAGAAACCUAAAUAAAGAUAAUUUUUUAAAAUGUA